AUGGAGAAAGACGAGAAGUCAAUUUCCGCGAACGAUUCUGCUCGGCCAUGGCAAUCAUACAACACUGUUUACACAACCGCCAAAGCAGGAAUGGAAGGGGUGGACAAGGAGAAGGUGCAGAGGAUAGUGUAUGAGAUGAGUAAAGGAUCCAAGUAUUUCGAAAAUGAGGAAAAGAAAGAAGCUUACAUGAAGCUGAAAAUCGAUACUAUGCGUGUGCAGCUUGCUAAGCUUUCAGCCAUGGACAUAUCACAUCAUCAGAAGAUUGCUGAUAAAAGGAUUGUGGAACUAGAAGCCACACGUGACCUGUCAAGGAUUUGGCUCCAUGUGGAUAUGGAUGCUUUCUAUGCUGCUGUUGAAACACUUUGUAAUCCUUCCCUAAAAGGCAAGCCAAUGGCUGUUGGUAGCAUGUCUAUGAUCUCAACAGCUAAUUACGAGGCACGAAAAUUCGGGGUGAGAGCUGCAAUGCCUGGAUUCAUUGCACGUAAAUUGUGUCCUGAACUCAUUUUUGUUCCAGUGGACUUUAAGAAGUACACCUAUUAUAGUGGUUUAACAAGAAAAGUUUUCCAGAAAUACGACCCCAGCUUUUUGGCUGCAAGUUUGGAUGAGGCAUACCUAGACAUAACUAACUAUUGCAAUGACAAGGGAAUGACAGCUGGACAAGUGGCUGAAGAGCUCAGAGAAGGUGUGUCCAAGGAGACUGGUGGACUCACAUGUAGUGCUGGGGUAGCGCCUAAUCGCUUACUUGCAAAGGUUUGCUCAGACAUUAAUAAGCCAAAUGGCCAGUUCGUGCUGCCAAACGAGCGUAUGGCGGUCAUGACAUUUAUAUCUUCACUUCCCAUAAGGAAGAUUGGGGGCAUUGGUAGGGUCACUGAAAAUAUUUUGAAGGGAGUUCUUGGAAUUACUACAUGCGAAGAAAUGCUCCAGAAAAGUAGCUUUAUAUGUGCACUCUUUUCUCGAACAUCUGCAGAUUUUUUCUUAUCUGUUGGCUUGGGUAUUGGAAGGACUGAUACACCUCAAGUGACCCAGAGAAAAAGCAUGAGCAACGAGAGAACAUUUUCACCUACUGAUGACGAGGCAACAAUUAAUAAAAAAUUAGUGGAUCUUUCAGAAAAUCUUUCCUCUGACUUGGAGAAACAUGGCCUUCGUGGAAGAACUUUGACGUUAAAGUUGAAGACAUCGUCUUUUGAGGUACGAACCCGGGCUGUGACUCUACCACAUUAUAUUUGCUCAAGUGAGGAUAUUAUGAGACAUGCCAUGAAGCUUCUUAAGGCCGAACUCCCAGUUUCCCUUAGACUGAUGGGACUCAGAAUGUCACACUUGAGUGAAGGCAGCGAAGGUGCUUUACUUGACCCCAAACAAAAGACACUUCACAACUUCAUAGUCACAGAAAAUGCCUCACUGAGAGGGCACGAAGAUGAAGAAGCACUUUCAGAGUCUAACAUUAACAACGAUGCUUUAGCCAUUCCCAGAGAGACCAACUUCAUUAACGACACACUUGAGACAUGUGAAUCAACUGAUUUUAUGGAGACUUAUCAAUUGCCAGAUCUCGAUCACUCUCACACGUGGCAUUCUCACAAUGAAGCUGAAAGUAGAGGACAUCUUCAUCUCCCGGUCGACAAUUUGUCAGAAAACGUGGAAGUAAAUUCAUCUUCUGGUCUGUCAGAAAGUGGCUCAGUUUGGCAGACGAGUGCUGGUGAUGAAAAAAAUCAGAUAGAAUCCGUUUUUUGGUUGCAUGAUUAUCAGUGCUCGGUUUGUGGGAUUGAAAUGCCGCCUAGUUUUGUUGAGGAAAGGCAAGAGCAUUUUGAUUUCCAUCUUGCUGAGAGGCUACAGGUUGAGGAGUCGAGUAACUCUAGCACGGUUUUGAAGCCCAAGCAAAGGUUUGUCGAAAAUGAUCGAAUGAGAACUGUUCGGCAGAGGAAGAAGCAGAAAGCGUCCCCCUUGAAGGGUAACAAUGUUAAAAUCGAUAUGUUUUUUGCCAAGAGCAGUCAAAAUUUUUGA